AGGAAGUGUUCCAUAAAAACCCUGAAAUGGGAGCCAGAAAACCUCAGACAUAAACUUGGGGAAAUGACACACAAGGAAGCAAAGGCAACAGAAAGAGUGUCCUCCACCAGAACCGGAGAGACAUGGAAGGCCAACAUUUCCUAGAGCUGGAGUCUCACCAGGUGAGCGCAGCCGUCAGCACUCCUGUCCCUCACCAUGAUUCACCUACAGCUCCCUGAAAUGGUGCUGCUGCUCUUGGCUCCUUCCACUCUCUCCUCCCUAGAACCGAAACUGCUUCUCUUCCAAUCAAGAGUGAACGGGGAAAGUUUACAGCUACUGAAAACUUUGCCCAUCUCACCAGUCCUGCCGUGUCUAGCACACAGGAAGAACUUCCAGCUUCCUCAGCAGGCCGUGAGCCGUCACCAGGACCAAAAGGGACAUGCACUGGCUGUUCUGCAUGAGAUCCUUCAGCAGAUCUUCAGCCUCUACUGGGCGCGUAUUUCUCCAGGUGCUUGGGAGGAAAACCGUAUAGAAAGAGUCCUAGCGGCGCUUCACCAACAGCUGAAAUACGUGGAGUCGCUCACGGGACUUCAAGCAGAGCGGAAGAGCCGUAGCUUGAGUGUGCAGAGCCUUAGGUUACAGAUUAAAGCGUACUUCAGGAGGAUCCGCGACUACCUGGAACACCAGAGGUCCAACAGCUGUGCCUGGAUCAUUGUCCAGGUAGAAGUCAACCGCUGUAUGUUCUUUGCGCUCAGGCACGCGGGAUGGAUGAGCAAACAAACUAGACCCUUGAACACUGUGAGGCAAGAGUCAACAGAGGAUUUUAAAAGCAUAGGUUGGUGGCAGAGUGCGAGGGGAUAGAUAAACAUUACUGAUUCUUUUUGGUGCA